CAUAUCGCCUGCCACUACUGUUGCAGACUGCCUCUCUCGCUCUCUCUCUCUCAUAUCGCCUGCCACUACUAUUGCAGACUGCCUCUCUCUCUCUCUCUCUCUCUCUCUCAUAUCGCCUGCCACUACUGUUGCAGACUGCCUCUCUCGCUCUCAUAUUAUAUCGCCUGCCACUGCUGUUGCAGACUGCCUCUCUCGCUCUCGCUCUCUCCCUACCUACCUGACACACUCGGAGGAGAAGAGCUGAGAUGUGCCUCCGACAGAGGUUAGCCUGCAGCUAGCUAGCAUUGUCUGUUAGCCUUUAGCCUGGCAGGACUUCAGUUGUGGUGGUGUGGGGGGACUUUAUCUACACACCCCCACCUCCAGCAGCUGGCGGAGGGGUGUGGUUUCCUGCCCCGCUCCCAGGGUUGGCCAGACUGGGUGCUGGGACAGAGGGAUGCCAGGGGGCUGUGUAAGGGGACCAGUGCGCAAGGAAAAGCUGAGGAAGGGGGGCAGCCGGUCUGUCAUCCCUGCCCUCUUUACCAUCAACGAGGAAGAGGAAGGACAGAAAGGAAUAGGAGCACAGAGGAGGAAAAGAGUCUCUGACUCUCAGACCAAAGCAGAGGAGAGGAGAUGGUCGGGUCAGACCCAGUCCUCCACCCCGACUGUAACAUUAUCACCUACUCCCAGCAACAAUGCUGCUAACAAACCAGAGCCGUUGGUCCUCAAGAUCGACGAGCGACAGAGACUGGCCCGGGAGCGGCGAGAGGAGAGGGAGAAACAGACCGCUGCCAGGGAGGCUGUGUGGCAGGAGAGGGAGGAGAGGGCCAGACACUACUAUGACAAACACCUGGAGGAGAGGAAGAGGAAGAUGGAGGAACAGAGGAGGAAGGAGGACAGGAGACGAUCUGCUGUGGAGGAGAAGAGAAGACAGAACCUGGAGGAGGAGAAGGCCCGUCAUGAGGCGGUGAUGCGUCGGACGGUGGAGAGAAGUCAGAGAGCCAAACACACACCCAACCGCUGGUCCUGGGGCGGAGCACUGCCUGGAAACACACCCACCACACCCGGGGGUUUUGUCGAGUCGUCGUUCCUCUAUCCCCUCGACCUAGCAGGGCUGGAGCACCAUCUCCAAGAUGCUGACAGGCGGUCUGUGUCGACCAUGAACCUUUCUAAACAUGCAGCUGAUCCAGUUAUAACCAAGAGACUGUCCUACUCCUCUGCCACACUCUUACAUUCUCCAGACCGAGUGUUACAGAAAAGGACCUCCUCUUCACCCUUACUUAACAAAUCACAGUCCAAACUCCGCCUACCAGGGGGAAAGACCGCCCACUACAAACCCCAAGGCAUGCGUUGUAUGCCGCUGACCCCGUGGGAGAACACAGUGGUCAAUCGUCUGCUACAGCCCACACACUCCUACUUGGCACGCAGCCGCAGCGCCAUGAGCCUGUCUGGAGACACAGGAGCCAUGCCUGUAUGUCCUCGCUCGGUGUCCUGCCAUCCUAUGGGAUCUAUGUCCUUCAAGUCCAUCCAGUCCCAGCCUCUGACCGUCUGCCGCAGCCAAGAGCCACGCCUCCCCAGGGACAUGACCAACCGCAGGAGGACCACCGGCAACGCACCGGAUAAACAUAAAGACUUUGUCAGGAAGUCUUGGAGCAACCUCUCCCUGCCUCUGACCACACCUCCUCUGACCACGCCGCCUCUGACCACGCCUACUGCCAAGAGGUUCCGGUCACCAGGGAAACAGCAGAGUAGAGUGACAGCGCCCUCACCUGGCAGACCCCCCCAGAAGCUGUCCCUUCCUCCCUCCAGACCCCCCGAGAAGCUGUCCCCUCGCCCAUCCACCCCCAAGCAGCUACGGUCUCCCAGGGGAGAGGACUUGGGGAACCUCAGGCCCAGUAGGACAGUGCCAGAGAGCCUGUCUCUGAUUGGACUACAGGCAGGAGGACCUGAGGGAGACCAGGGGGCUGUGACCCCCUCCCAGCCCCGCCCCCAGAGCCUGGGCCAACCCAAAGCCUGCCCCAGCACAGACACGAAGGACACACUGUCAUCAGUCAGCGAGAGUGUGGGCAGUUCCCCAGCCCAUAAGUCUACUACAGGCACCACAGACCCAGAGGAGGCCACACGGGUCCUGGCAGAGAAACGCAGACAAGCCCGGGAACAGAGGGAGAGAGGGGAGGAGAGGAGAGGGAUACAGGAGGAGGCAGAGAGGUGUGGUAAGGCUGAGGAGAGACAGAGGAGAGAGGAGGAGGAGGAGAGAAGGAGGGAGGAGGAGGAGGAGGAGAGAGCCCAGCAGGAUAGAGAGGAGGCAGAGCGACAGCAGAAACAGAGAGAGGAGGAGGAAUGUCGUCAGAGGGAGGAUGCAGACAGACUGAGGAAGGAGAGAGAGAAACAUUUUCAGAAUGAAGAGGCUGAAAGGUUGGAGAGGAAGAAGCGGCUGGAGGAGAUCAUGAAGAGGACGCGUCGCUCAGAUCAAGUGGAGAAGAAAGCCGCUCCUCAAAAGAACAUAGACGAAUCAGCGUCAAACUGUGAUUCUCCGGGCCCCUCAGUGCGCCUGUCAGGGGCCGAGCACAGCGACCGCAACGGAGCCUCCAACCCUAACACUGACCCCAGCCUCAACACUGACCCCAGCACAGCACUGCUGCCACCUGCUGACGAGAGGGAGAAUGGGUUGUUUGAGGAGGUGAUUGUUCUCCCUGCUGACUCCAGACUUCCUCCUGGUGAGGAGCAGCAUGUACCUACCACUGCGUUCCAGGAGAACGGGAUCGUGAAGCCGCUGCGUGAAGGAGUAGAUGACCCUCCAACACAACACACAGCAGAUGUCUGAUGGCUGGAAAAGAGGAGAUGGUGAGAGAUGAAGGAGAGGUGGAGCCAUGGACAGGGCCUCCUGGUGUCCAGGUUUCUCCCCAUGUUACCAGAACCUCCUUCCAACGCUGCCCUCCUUCUCAAGACUUCUCACAGCAUCUUCUGGCCUGGAAAGAAUCUGUUCCCAACUCAACGCUGCCCUCCUUCUCAAGACUUCUCACAGCAUCUUCUGGCCUGGAGAGAAUCUGUUCCCAACUCAACGCUGCCCUCCUUCUCAAGACUUCUCACAGCAUCUUCUGGCCUGGAGAGAAUCUGUUCCCAACUCAACGCUGCCCUCCUUCUCAAGACUUCUAACAGCAUCUUCUGGCCUGGAGAGAAUCUGUUCCCAACUCAACGCUGCCCUCCUUCUCAAGACUUCUCACAGCAUCUUCUGGCCUGGAGAGAAUCUGUUCCCAACUCAGCGCUGCCCUCCUUCUCAAGACUUCUAACAGCAUCUUCUGGCCUGGAGAGAAUCUGUUCCCAACUCAACGCUGCCCUCCUUCUCAAGACUUCUAACAGCAUCUUCUGGCCUGGAGAGGAUCUGUUCCCAACUCAACCUAGAGGUUUCUACAGGGGUGGAAGGGGAUAAUAAACCUAGAGAUUUCUACGGGGGUGGAUGAUGAGGUAAACCUAGAGGUUUCUACGGGGGUGGAAGGUGAGGAGGUAAACCUAGAGGUUUCUACGGGGGUGGAUGAUGAGGUAAACCUAGAGGUUUCUACAGGGGUGGAAGGUGAGGAGGUAAACCUAGAGGUUUCUACAGGGGUGGAAGGUGAGGAGGUAAACCUAGAGGUUUCUACGGGGGUGGAAGGUGAGGAGGUAAACCUAGAGGUUUCUACAGGGGUGGAAGGUGAGGAGGUAAACCUAGAGGUUUCUACAGGGGUGGAAGGUGAGGAGGUAAACCUAGAGGUUUCUACAGGGGUGGAAGGUGAGGAGGUAAACCUAGAGGUUUCUACAGGGGUGGAAGGUGAGGAGGUAAACCUAGAGGUUUCUACGGGGGUGGAAGGUGAGGAGGUAAACCUAGAGGUUUCUACGGGGGUGGAAGGUGAGGAGGUAAACCUAGAGGUUUCUACAGGGGUGGAAGGUGAGGAGGUAAACCUAGAGGUUUCUACAGGGGUGGAAGGUGAGGAGGUAAACCUAGAGGUCUCUACAGGGGUGGAAGGUGAGGAGGUAAACCUAGAGGUUUCUACGGGGGUGGAAGGUGAGGAGGUAAACCUAGAGGUUUCUACAGGGGUGGAAGGUGAGGAGGUAAACCUAGAGGUUUCUACAGGGGUGGAAGGUGAGGAGGUAAACCUAGAGGUUUCUACAGGGGUGGAAGGUGAGGAGGUAAACCUAGAGGUUUCUACAGGGGUGGAAGGGGAGGUAAAUAAUAGUGUACACUACUGAUUCAUGUUUUAGUUUGAUACUUAUUGCUGUAAAGAAUAGUGUACACUACUGAUUCAUGUUUUAGUUUGAUACUCAUUGCUGUAAAGAAUAGUGUACACUACUGA